UACUGCAGACGUUUUAAAACUCAUAGCGUAACUCUAUUUUAUUGUACUCUCCGGGAGCGUUUCGCUGUACUAUACAAUGAUAGUAACCGUAUCUGUCAGUAAUUGGGGCCAAUAAUAGUCCCUUCGGAGGUCACCAGGUCCAGUUCUGAAGCGCACCGCCUGUUGUCCAGUUGAUCAUGAAUGAUUAACUAAUUUGUCACAGCCCGACCGCAACCCGCAGCCUGCGAGGUGCAGCUGAACUUCCUGCGCUGUGGUCGGGCGGAUGGCCGCGCCCACAUCUCUGGAGAAUAAGUCGCCAAACGCUGUUGCGUAACGCCACACAGCUCGCGGAACAGCUUUCGUCUUCGGUCUGUGCUUGACCGCGCACACACGGACACAAUCUGGCAUUUUUUCACUUUAAUCCGAGAAUGCGGAGUAUAUGGAAGUUUAUAUAGUAUAGCGAGCUUUCAUCUGCUGCAGCUCGACCGCGUCGCGCGUCUCCAUUACAUUUGCUGGACAGUCCUAGUGCCUAAUAGUUUUUCGCGUGCGCACAGUCGCGUGAGACAAUGCGUAUGAUUCCGUUUCGUCGCGGUGCGUGUUUUGCGCUGGGUUACUGCGCGACUGCGGCUAGACGAGCGAACUGGUCGCCAGUGCUCAGACCCAAAAGCACAGCCCCCAAAAACUUCACGGAUUACGAGAGCAUGAAAGAGGCGUACAGGCCUCGCGUUCCUGCGCGCUUUAACUUCGCCAAGGAUGUCCUAGACGUCUGGGAGGCCAAAGAGAAGGCCGGUGCGAGGUCAUCUCUCCCUGCGCUGUGGUGGGUGGACGAGCAGAGGACGGAGAUCCGCUGGAGUUUUGAGGAGCUGGGCUUCCAUUCCAGAAGGCUCGCCAACGUUCUGAGCGAGGAAUGCCGUUUAGCGCAAGGGGACCGGGUCUUCCUCAUCCUCCCGCGCGUGCCAGAGUGGUGGCUGGUCAACAUCGCCUGCCUCAGAGCAGGUACGGUUCUGAUCCCGGGAACCUCCCAGCUGACACCCAGAGACAUCCUGCAUCGUCUGCAGGUGUCCGAGGCAAAGUGUGUGAUCACAGAUGAGAGUACAGCCCACCUGCUGGAUGCUGUGGGCUCUCAGUGUCCUGCGCUGACCUCCAAACUCCUUCUGUCCACCAGGGGGCGCCAGGGGUGGGGUGACCUCACAGCCCUGAUGGGGAGUGCCUCUGCAGACCAUGUGUGUGUGGACACCAGCAGUGAUGAUCACAUGACCAUCUUCUUCACCAGUGGAACCACAGGUUCUCCCAAAAUGACCCUUCACAGCCAUUGUAGCUUUGGCCUGGGGCUCACCAUUAAUGGCAGGUACUGGUUAGACCUCACAGACAGCAGUGUGUUCUGGAACACGUCGGACACGGGCUGGGCUAAGACGGCGUGGAGCAGUGUGUUCGCUUCCUGGACGCAGGGGGCGUGUGUGUUUGCGCACCACAUGCCGCGAUUCAACACAUCCACUGUCCUGCAGACCCUGUCCAGAUAUCCCAUCAGCACUUUCUGCACUGCUCCCACAGCCUAUCGGAUGUUAGUGCAGGAGGAUCCGUCCAGGUUCCAGUUCCCAGCCCUGGAACACUGUCUGUGUGCCGGGGAGCCCAUCAACCCCGAGGUGAUGAGUCAGUGGAGACGUCUGACAGACCUGGACAUCUACGAGGGAUACGGACAGACGGAGACCGUGUUAAUCGCUGGCACGUUCAAAGGCAUGGAGGUCAGACCCGGUUCCUUUGGCAAGGUAUCGCCCGCAUACGACGUGCAGGUGGUGGAUGACGAGGGCCGUGUUCUGCCUCGUGGGACCGAGGGCAACCUGGCGAUCCGAGUGAAGCCACACAGACCCUUCUGCCUCUUCCUUGAGUACAUGGGGGAGCCAGAGAAAACAGCAGAAUGUUUCCGUGGAGAUUUCUACCUGACGGGUGACAGAGGAGUGAUGGACAAGGAUGGAUACCUGUGGUUCAUUGGCAGAGCUGAUGAUGUCAUCCUCUCUGCAGGGUACCGCAUCGGUCCGUUUGAGGUGGAGAACGCACUGAUAGAACACGAAGCCGUGGCCGAGUCGGCUGUAGUGAGCAGUCCUGAUCCAAUCAGAGGAGAGGUGGUGAAGGCAUUUGUUGUACUGACUCCAGAAUACAAAUCCAUGAACCAGUAUGAGCUGAUUAGAGAACUGCAAGCACAUGUGAAAAGAGUCACAGCUCCCUAUAAAUACCCCCGCAAGAUUGAGUUUGUAGACCAGCUUCCCAAGACAGUGAGUGGGAAAAUCCGGAGGGUGGAGCUGAGGAAGAAGGAAUGGGACCAUCAGAUGUAGCCAUGCUGAUCACACACUCCUGCCCCUCACUCCAGUUCUGCUGCCCCUGGCAGGGGGGAUUAUUAGCUUGUUAGCUGUAAAGGGGUGUUGGUGUGGGUAACACUGGAAUACUGUGAGAAA